CAUUAAUAUAAGUGAAUCUAGGGUUGCACCACACUGGAUCGAGUCCCUCAAUAUAAAUGAAUGUACGGUUUCUUUUCACUCCCAUUUCUUAAUCUCAACUCGCAAGCUCUCACUCGAUCCCUUCUGCCUCUGCACUGCACUGCACUGCUACCGCCGUUGCCGCCCUAUGGCUCUGCCUCCCUCCCUAGUCCCCACUCGGCCAAGCCAGCGAUGGCCAUCUCUGCAGUCUACAAACCGAAGCGAAAGCCUCCAAGUCUCCAACCUCCGAAUAGAAAGCCUCGAUCUUGGCUUUUCCCGAAGGCUCGAGUGCUCUUCUUUGCUCGAGUGAUGAGUCCCUCCCCAGUCCCCACUAGGCCAGGCCAGCGACAGCCAUCUCUGCAGUAUACAAAUCAAAGCGAAAGCCUCCAAGUCUCCAACCUCGUACGCGAAAGCCUCGAUCUUGACUUUUUCCAAAGGCUCAAAGGCUCUUCUUUGCUCGAGUCCCUCCCUGUUUGCAGGACAUCUUACCCUAGCACACGCAACCACCACCUCCCAACCUCUUCUCUAUUGAAGGCUCGAAGGCUCUUCUUUGCCCAGCAAUUUGAUAAAUUUGGCCUAAAUUCUUCUAGUAAUGGCACCGUCGAUGAUAUAUUGGAACCACGAAUGAUGAUUGUAUGGAGAUUAGAGAAUUGAAGCUACAAUCUUGAACAUUGAAGAAUAUGGAUUGAAGAAUGUGGAUGAAUUCAAUUCCUUAAAAUUUCAAACCAUUGAUUUUCUCUUUUGGUGAACAAUUUCAAUGUUUGUUUUUUAUUUGUAAUCUGGGAUAUUUCAUAUUUUCUUUGUUUAUUGUGAAUGUUUGUUUAUUUUGUGUAAUUAGAGAUAGAUAAACCUAAUUGUUAAAGUGCCAAAAGAUUUGCUUGCU